AAGUGGUGCAGCUCCAACUGCCAGCGUGUUCAAGGCUGAACUAUAGGUGUAAAACUGUUGGAUUCGUUUACUACUUUCAAAAUCUGAGUGUUCUCCCUCCGGACCACAUCAGCAGAGCAGUUUACCACAGACUCGCAUCAGAUCACACCAGGUCUAGGUCAUCUGUCAUAUCUGGACCAGAUGACCAGGGGGGUUGAAAUAGUGAUUAAAACUAAUUUGUUAAAAAAAAGAAGAAGAAAAUGUAAUUGUUUUGGUCCUGUCUCGACCACAUCAGACCAGGUCUACAUUAAAAGAUACUGUACUUAGACUGGACUAGAUCAUCCAGGGACACAAAAUAAAACACAGCUUCAAAUUUGUGAAUAUUUGAUUCUGGAUUUUAUUCCCCCAUCCAGACCAGGUCUGCAAGGUUUUACAAAUCUGAAAGGAAAUGAGAUUUUUUCAUUAGAAAAAAUACCCUGCUGUUUUUUAGAUAGCUCCAAAUCCUGGUCUUUUCCAUCUGAACAAUCCCAAAGUACAGAGGAUGCAAUUGCAAAGCAGACAAACUAAUAACAAUGCCAUCUACUGUUUAUUACUUAAACACACAAGCAUUUCCCAAUGUCUCAAACCCAAAUAUAAAGAAUUGGAUUGGGACAUGUUUGCUUCAAUGCUCUGAGAAGACUAAAUGAGAGUUUCUCUUGAAAUUUGAGACACUGUUUAGUGUUCCCGAUGCAAUAAUGGCCGACGCGUUCAGCAGCAGCUCGGAAACAGUGCUCCAGCGAGUGGUAGACGUCACAGUGAAGACAAAUACUCCGCCAGAGAAACUUGAGGAGUUGUAUCAGAUAAAGGAAACCUGCGACUUUAUCAGUCAGCAUCAAUUUCAAAAGGUUGCUCUGCAGUUUCCUGAUGAGCUGUUGGUGGACUCCGUCACAGUGGCAGCAGAGAUUGAGAACCACAGUAAUGCCAAGACGUUCAUUUUAGGAGAUACAUCCUAUGGCAGCUGCUGUGUGGAUGAGGUAGCUGCAGAGCACGUUGGAGCAGACUGCAUUGUGCACUAUGGCAGAGCCUGCCUGAGCGCCUCUAAAAGGCUGCCCCUGAUGUACGUGUUUGAGAGAAGACAGCUGGACGUGGAGAAGUGCGCCUCUGCCUUCAGGGAACUCUACCCUGACACACAGAGUCACAUCAUCAUCCUGUAUGAUGUGAACUAUGUUCAUGUGAUUGGCGAUCUUCUGGAACUUCUGUCUCUGGAGUAUCCAAACCUCGUUGCCUCAGAUCUCGUUGUCGAAGGGGAACAGCGUUUCAGUCACAGCCAGAUUAAAAGAAAACAUUAUGACAAUUGUCUGUCGGAACAAGACAACAGCCAGGUGAUUUGUCAGUUUGGGAGACAAUUCCCCUUGAACAGUGGUUCAAACAUAACAGAUCACAGUAUGUUCUACGUUGGCCAGGAAGGAGCAACGCUGCGUAACUUCAUGAUGACUUGGAACCGCUGCUCAUUUUGUUCUUUUGACCCAGUAACUAUGAUGGGUAGGAAGGAGUCAGUUAGCAUCAACCGUGCGCUAAUGAAGCGCUAUUACGCUAUAGAAAGGGCCAAAGAUGCCAGUGUGGUUGGCAUCCUGGUCGGUACACUGGGGGUGGCCGACUACCUCACCAUCAUCCAGCAGCUGAAGGAGACCAUCGCCAGGGCUGGCAAGAAGAGCUACAUGUUUGCCAUGGGGAAACUGAACGUGCCCAAACUUGCAAACUUUUUGGAAAUUGACAUUUUUGUGUUAAUUGCUUGUCCGGAGAACUCACUGUUGGACUCAGGUGAGUUCUAUAAACCUGUAGUGACGCCGUUUGAGAUGGAGGUGGCGUGCAACAAGAACAGGGAGUGGUCAGAGGAAUAUGUCACGGACUUUCGACAUCUCAUACCAGGUGGACAGAGUCAUGUGCCUCUGGCUGAUCAGCAAGAGGAAGGCGAUGAGAUGGACGUGUCUUUAAUCACUGGAGCUCUGCGGAGUCGCUGCGUGUUGAACAGUGAGCCUGCAGAGUCCUCACAUGGGUCCUCGGUGGUCCUCAGGAACCAGGCGCUAAUCGUAGCCAACACAGACUCUGCUGCCUCAUUUCUGGCAGGACGAAGCUGGCGUGGCUUAGAGCAGCAGUUGGGAGAGACCCCGGUGGUGAAGGCAGUAGAGGGCAGGAGAGGCAUAGCUAUUGCCUAUGAAGAGGAAGGAACGUCUUCAUGAUAAUUAACCUUUAAUCCACAAGGUCAUCGAUCGAUUAUUUAAUCAUCACUACCUGCAGCUACAAGUGUGCAGUAUAUGACUUGUAAUUAUAGGAAUAUCUAAGUAAUUAAUAAACCGAUACAGUGAUCACCUCUUGUUAUUUUAGUUUUUUGUGUGUCAGUAGUUUUUGAACAUUUUUGGCUUAUUACCGUGAUAAUACAGACGACAAGAUAAUUUGGUCACUAUAAUCGUGAUACUCUGAAUUUUCAAAACAUGUUUGUUUGAAUGAAGCUGUUGGAGUGACUUUCUUACAUAAAUUCAGUGAAGGGGAUCUAAAAAGUACACUGGUUAUGUAAAAAUGUAUUUCACCUGAGUAUUGCACAGAUACAGUCGUAAUAAACCAAACCAUUAGAUUAUGACUAUAUUAUGGAUGCUGAAGCAAGUCAUUUUCAUGUGAACAAGCAGUGUUGCAGAAGAACAGUUUGUAUUGCACUUUAUACACGUGAAUAAAUGAAUUAAUGAACUGAAA